ACCGAGAGCGAGACCGCGGUGGUGAACGUCACCUACUCCAACCGCGAGCAGACCAGGCAAGCCAUAAUGAAGCUGAACGGCCACCAGCUGGAGAACCACGCCCUCAAGGUCUCCUACAUCCCGGAUGAGCAGAUCUCGCAGGGUCCUGAGAACGGGCGCCGAGGUGGUUUCGGCUCUCGGGGUCAGCCCCGCCAGGGCUCUCCGGUGGCCGCGGGGGCCCCGGCCAAGCAGCAGCAGGCGGACAUCCCGCUGCGGCUCCUGGUGCCCACCCAGUAUGUGGGCGCCAUCAUCGGCAAGGAAGGCGCCACCAUCCGCAACAUCACCAAGCAGACGCAGUCCAAGAUCGAUGUGCACAGGAAGGAGAACGCGGGCGCAGCUGAGAAGGCCAUCAGCGUGCACUCCACACCCGAGGGCUGCUCCUCUGCCUGCAGGAUGAUCCUGGAGAUCAUGCACAAGGAGGCCAAGGACACCAAAACGGCUGACGAGGUCCCCCUGAAGAUCCUGGCCCACAAUAACUUCGUGGGGCGUCUCAUCGGCAAGGAGGGGCGCAACCUGAAGAAGGUGGAGCAGGACACGGAGACGAAGAUCACCAUCUCCUCGCUGCAGGACCUCACACUCUACAACCCUGAGAGGACGAUCACAGUGAAGGGCGCCAUUGAGAACUGCUGCCGGGCAGAGCAGGAGAUCAUGAAGAAGGUCCGGGAGGCCUACGAGAACGACGUGGCCGCCAUGAGCCUGCAGUCCCACCUGAUCCCCGGCCUCAACCUGGCUGCUGUGGGGCUCUUCCCGGCCUCGUCCAGCGCCGUCCCGCCACCUCCCAGCAGCGUCUCGGGGGCUGCCCCCUACAGCUCCUUCAUGCAGGCCCCGGAGCAAGAGGUCGUGCAGGUGUUCAUCCCCGCCCAGGCCGUGGGCGCCAUCAUCGGCAAGAAGGGGCAGCACAUCAAGCAGCUGUCGCGUUUCGCCAGCGCCUCCAUCAAGAUCGCACCACCAGAAACACCCGACUCCAAGGUCCGCAUGGUCAUCAUCACUGGCCCACCAGAGGCACAGUUCAAGGUGACGACCGCCAUUCGUUCCCCUGGCUGGAAAGUCGCGGCCACUUCCCUUCGCUGCCGGGUCCCUGUCACAAGGGACGCAGCUCACAGGGCUCGCGGAAAGUGGCUUCAAGCUUUGCUCCUGCUGACGUCCGCUUCCCUCUUUGGCCUCUGUGGCUAUGGCAGGGACAGGGGAGAAGGAAGUCGGGGGUCUUUGGGUUCCUAAACCUCGGGCCAGGAGGCCAGAGCUCCCUGCCCUCUGCCAGGGUGGGACGGGGACAGCCGGCCCCGGGCAGGCUGAGCAGGGCCGCCCUCUGUCCCUGGGUCGUUACCAUCCAGGACCUCGGCGUGCUGGGCGGCCGUCACCCCACACCCCCGGGUCUGCUCUGGAGUUGGGGUGGUGUCCUGGGCUGCGUGCAUUCGGUUGCCCGGGUCUUCGGGACGGCAGGUGGCCAGGGG